CUUUAGUUAAAUUUAAGCCAUUUGGGACUUGGGAGGACAAUUGUAUUAAUUAUAAGAGCCAUUAAAAACAAAAUCAAAAUUAUUCUCCCACAGCAAACCUAUAUUCUCUGCAUCCGGCAGCGGCGGUUCUUCCUCCCCUGACUCCGGCAGCGGCGGUUCUUCUUCUUCCUCCUCAACCGCUCCAGAGAUCUCCUUACUGACUUUGUAGUUUAUUUCAAAACCUCGUUGUCGAAGUGUGGUUGGCUUCAAACAAAAAUGUCAUAUGAAGUUCGAUAUGUGAAGAAUGAUUUUGGGGGUGCGAGCAAUGGAAGAUUGCUACAAGACAUUGAAGAGAUCAGUAAAUCUCUUUAUGCACAUAAUAAUAAAGCUCCAACUAAGGCCUUACUUUCUCCAUCAUAUCACACGAUCAAACCUCCGGGCAACAACGCACACAUCUCCAAUCCAAAGCCCAAAUUUUUAGGUCUGUUGAGGAAGUGGAAGCCCUUAAAAACAUUGGCCCACAUGCGCAAUCGACGCUUCAGUUGUUGCUUCUUCGUCCACAUUCAUGCUAUUGAGGGCUUACCCAUGAGUUUCAACAACCUUAAUUUGUGCGUCAAUUGGAUUAGAAAGGAAUCGGUAUUGAAAACCCGGCCUGCUCAGGUCUGCUGCGGAACUGCUGAGUUCAGAGAGACUUUGAUGCAUCAUUGUUCUGUGUAUGGAAGUAGAAGCGGACCCCACGGUUGUACAAAGUACAAGCCAAAGCUGUUUUUGCUCAAGCCUUCUGUGCCCAGUUCUCCUGGCUUGGAUAUCGGGGAACACUGGAUUGACCUUACGAGAUUACUUCCUCUUACUUUGGAGGAAUUAUUAGCAGAAGGGAAAAGAAAUUCAGGGAAGUGGUCCACAUGCUUUAAGCUGUCAGGAAAGGCUGAAGGUGCUUUGCUAAAUGUUAGUUUUUGUUUCUCUGUCUUUAACAGUAACUCAGAGUAUUUAGCAGACAAUAAGGUUGUUGAAGGUGUUCCUAAGAUACCACUAGAUGAAAAAAGAUUCGGUGACCAAGGUUCGGCAUUUGACCCUUCAAUAACCUUUACGUUUCGGAAACCCGUUGAAGGAAAACAAGAAAACUUGGUGGACUCUACUUGUAAAUAUACUACAAAAGAACAUGAAGACUUUACCUUUACUUUGAGUGAGUUGGGUAUAGAAGUGUAUAAUCAAAACCAGGUGAAAUCCGAGCAAGAAUCUAUAGAAGAAGAAGAAGAAGAAGAAGAAGAGCCAACUGUUGAAGAGCUUGAGUCCAUUGGCCAAUGUGAUUACUCUAGUUUGAAAUCCUUGGAUGAUAUAACUGAAGCAGUUGCAAAUGAUUUUCUUAACAUGCUUGAGAAUAAAGAUGGCCCAGAGGAUAGUUCUGCUGAUUUUGAUCUGAUGGUGGUCAAUCAACAAGUCAAGAAGGAGAAGCAAAGAUUAACGGCGUCGAUUAGAGAUAAAAGGAAUCUUAAAAUGCUUGAGAACUUGGAAACAGAAUCUCUAAUGAGUAAAUGGAAGUUAAAUGAGAGGUCAUUUCAACUGUCACCAUGCUCCACUUCGGGUGGAUUUGGAAGCCCUAUCUAUCUUCCUCCAGAGGAGCAGUUGGAACUGCCAUCUCUAGGGGAAGGGUUGGGACCCACAAUACGGACCAAGAGCGAGGGAUUAUUGCGUUCAAUGAGCCCGUUGCUUUUCAGGGGUGUGAAGAAUGGUGCAAAAUUGAUCGUUCAAGUUUCCCGCGCAGCUGUGCUUCCUGUUGUGAUGGGUUGUACUAUAAUGGAGAUAUUAGAGCGAUGGGCAUUGGAGGGACUUGAGAAGUUCUCUGUUCAGGCAAAUACAUUGAUGCCUUUGGAUGAUAUUACUGGCAAGACAAUGGAACAAAUUGCCAGGGAAAGUGGAUGUGGGCCCAAGACGAACGAGAGAUUGAACAUGCCAAAAGAAUUUCAAAAAUGCUGUGAGGUGGAUGGUCUGGACUAUGUUUCUCAUUACAAUCUUCUUCCAAUAGCAUUGGCUAAGGUGGAGCCUCUCGCAAUCGAAGGCUUAAGAAUACAAUGUAACAUGUCUGAUGCCGAACCACCUUCUAGCAUCCGGCUGUCCCGGGCCCACAAAGAUAACCGUUGUUAUACGUUUGAUGAAUUAGUAAAUCUUUCUCUGUCAUUGGACGAAUGGGUGAGGCUCGACGCAGAUUGUUUCGUCGAUGAAUAUGAGAUCGCUGAAAAUUGUACUAAAAUUUCAGGUAUCAAUUCUUCCUUUGGUCAAAACUAUGGUCUUCUAGACAGGAACUUCACAUUAGCUAUGAGAGUUCAGCUGAGGGACCCUUCCAGAAACGCGGAAAUUGUUGGCGCCCCAAUGAUCGCCCUGGUCCAAGUAGAGCGGUCUUUUUGUCCGGCGGACCAAAAUGCCCUCGCUCUCGGUUCAAAUGCUCAGCCCUUUUCUCGUUUUAAAAUCUCCACAGUCCACCUGUUGGGGACGAAUGUUGAAAACAUGGACGGGGGUAUUUGUGGGACGAGGAGGCAGAGAGAAUGCGGGUCCCAGUGGUUGCGGGGUAGUGGGGUAAGUAGGGCGAAGAGGCGUCCCCGUUUGGAGAUGGAGGGGCAAAACAGUCAUGAUGAUAUCUUGUGGAGCAUAUCUUCCCAAGUUCAUGGUGGAAUAGGAUUGGCAUCUUUGAAUAUUCAUGUUAGGAGCCCUAAUAUUCUUUUCCCCAAGUGAAGUUGUCCAUGCUAAUAAACUUUUUGGGACGGAGGAAGUAUAACUCAGGAUCGAAUCUCGACAUUGCCAAUUUGCCACUGUGAGAGUUUUAUUGAAUGUGAUAGUUCUUUGUGCACGCCAGGUACCUACGAUUUAUCUAAGGACCAGAUUAAGAUUAUAGUGCGAUUUAUUCUGUUCCUGCUUUACUCUUUCAGGUUUUUUUUGUAGUAGAACUCAUUGUGUAUAGGCCAUAGUGCAUGAUUGUUUUGUAGAAUUUGUAGAAAGGGUUAUGGUGGGUCCCACGUGCAAUAAUUCUUCUGUUGAUGAUUGUAAUGUAAAAAAUGAUUGGUCUCUGU